GAUUGCCUGAUAAUGUUCUUACAGCUGGAUAAAUGCCCUCAGCUACAAUUUCUCUACGUAUACGACGGUAUCCGCCAGAUCAGCGGACGGGGCUUCCAGCGUGACGACGAUGUACACCUCUCUACCCCGACACUCAACUUUGACUUCAAGCGGCUGCGCUUCCUCGCCCUCGAGCACAAUUGGAUGAACAUCACGCGAGACAACCGUGGAGCCGUAGACGUUUUCCAAUGGCCCACUCGCCAGUGCUUCUACAGUGGCCUUGAGGGCGCGGAGAGGCUCGGCGAAGACGGCGAGUGGCUUGUGAGAUACAAUCGAGAGCUGAUGGACCUGAGCACGUAUGUAUGAAACGCGCCUUCCCUGGACAUGAUUCUGCAGACGCUCUUUCUCUCAAAGAGCAAGGACAACCUCUAUACCCGCAGAUUUACAUACGAACAGGCCAGACAACACAAAGUGGCUGUGAGCUUUGUAUGCGCCAUUAAAUAUUCCGGAUAUUGAAUGAGU